CUGAGGGAGACUGCAGAAAGCAAAGCUCUUACCAACUUUUAUCAGUGAAGACUUACAAAUAUUGCAACAGUUUACAUCUCUGCUUUUGGGGAUCUUUUGUCUUCUGGUUGCUCUCUGGGAUAUUUUUCAGGAGGUCUGGACUAACAAAAGUUUUUAUUUUAUUUAUUUUUGAACUGGAAAAAUGGCUCUCAGACUGGACUCAAAUAAAGAACCAAGUGUUGAGCUCUUCAUAAAGGCGGGCCAUGAUGGAGAGAACGUGGGGAACUGUCCCUUCUGCCAGAGACUCUUCAUGGUUCUAUGGUUGAAAGGAGUCAAGUUCACAGUAACCACAGUUGACAUGAGAAAGAAGCCAGAUGAGUUAAAGGACUUAGCUCCGGGUACCAACCCUCCUUUCCUCCUGUACAAUGGCACCCUAAAGACCGACUUCAUUAAGAUUGAAGAGUUUCUGGAGUCAACCCUCGCCCCUCCCCGCUAUCCUCACCUCAGUCCGCGCUACAAAGAGUCUUUUGAUGUUGGUGCUGACAUUUUUGCAAAGUUUUCUGCUUUCAUCAAGAACAGCCCAAACAAUGCUUUCCAUGAAAAAGCCUUGCUGAGAGAGUUUAAGCGGCUGGAUGACUAUCUGAACACUCCGCUACAGGAUGAGCUAGAUCAAAACAUUUCUGUAUCCAAAAGGAAAUUUCUUGAUGGCGACCGCUUGACACUGGCAGACUGCAAUUUGUUACCAAAGCUGCACGUCAUCAAGGUUGCAGCUAAGAAGUACUGUAAUUUUGAUAUUCCUGUUCAGCUCACUGGAGUGUGGCGUUACUUGCAGAAUGCAUAUGAGAGAGAAGAAUUCAGCCAGACCUGUCCAGCAGACAUUGAAAUUGAGAAAGCCUAUCUGAGUGUGGCCAAGAGGAACUGAACUUUAGAUCAAGCAUUGAAAUAAAAAUGAGAAAAAAAAAGAAAAAAAACAUUUAUAUGAAUUUUAAAUAACAUGAAAUCCCAUUUUUUCCUCAUAUGGGGCUUGGAAGAGGCAACAUAGAGUAGAACAAUGGUUAGUGUCAUAGAAAUAAGUUUAUAGCCAUCUACAAUACAACUGGGAUACACAGUUUGUUAAAGCACUUUCAUUUUGCCUGUGAUACCAGAACCCAUUAGAUAUGCUAGAAUACUUUUGAUUGACUGCCACUGUUAGUUUUAAGCCAUUAAGUCAUUUCACAAACAGGCUUUAAUUUGGUAGCUUUCGGGUAAUAGAAUCCCUUACAAAUGAUCUAAAGCUUAACAGUCAGUUUGCGUUUGUUAUACAGCAUUUCACAUGUAAUGUUUUCUGUGCAUAGUGUAUAUAUGUAUUUUAUAAUCCUUAGGGUAUAUUCAGUUAUCUGUAAAUAUAUAUAGAUAGAUAUACAAAAAGUGUAUGUGUCUUUUUAAUCAUCCUAAACACUCUAAAGAUAAGAAAAGUGAAGUCAAUAUAAAGUGAAAUCCAGCGUAUGAGUCAUGGAUCAUGAUUUCCUCAGCAAUGGUUGUAUUGUUUUAAGGGUUACUGAGUAUAAGUUGUACUGAGUCACAUAGAUAUCACCAUUGUUUAGACCUCACACAUGUUUAAAAAGAGAUUAAACUGCU